AUGAAGCGCAUUUACGUUUAUGUAAUCAACACGUCAAACAAAAAGUCAAAGAAACAGCAAAGGAAUAAAAAAAUAGCUUAUGAGAAUCACAAAAGCUUAUAUCCUAGUUAUAAGCCAAAAAGCGCAAAAGAUUCAAGCGUUAAGAAAUGGGUUUUUCGCGAACAAAAGAAAUACGCACUUACAUCGUCACAUAAACCUAGCUCAACGAGUAACAAUUCACCUCCACAAGAAACAGCACAAAUCUUUAGGUCGUCCUCUUUGAAUAGUACAACAUCAACAAUUGAAUAUAUUCAUACUGCUAUCACCACUUCAACAACCAUUGAUGAUACUCAUCUUUCCACGAUCAAUACUAAUAAUGCGAAUAUUCAAUACGUAACAAUUACAUGUUCAUGUAAUUACACCAUAAAUACUAAUAAUUCAAUCAACAUGUCUAACGUUAAUGAAAUAACGAUAAUUUCAUUAUUAAAUUUAUCUGGAAAUGUUAAUAAUGCGGAUAUUUAUGACGAAGCUUCUAUCAAUAAUGCCUCGAACAACAAUUCUUCACAAUCAAACCAAUUCAUCACUAAUAAUCCAACAACUCCACUGACAUCUUCACCUUCACUCUCGCAACUAUUUAUCCCAGAAUCUGAUAUAUUAAAUAUCAAUUUUGAAGAGUUAUUACAUGAUAACUUUUCUUGA